AUGGCGGAAGGGGCCCCUCAGAUCAACGAGGUGCUUUUGAACUCGCUGUCUCCCGACGCGAACCUUCGAAAUGCUGCCGAGCAACAGCUCACACAGGCCGCCGAGAACAACUUUUCAUUGUACCUCGCGACCCUCGUGCAGGCAUUGGCAGAUGAGAACGCCGAAGGUCCCAUCCGAGCCGCCGCCGGUAUCGCCUUGAAGAACGCAUUCACCGCCAGAGAAUUCGCAAGACAAGCAACAUUACAACAAAAAUGGCUCCAGCAAACCGAUGAUGAGACCAAGACACGCGUCAAGGAUCUGGCCGUCCAGACCUUGUCGUCCAGCAACUCCCAGGCCGGCCAGGCUGCUGCCCAGGUCGUUGCCUCCAUCGCUGCCAUCGAGCUGCCACGUAACCAGUGGGCCGAUCUCAUGGGAGUCUUGGUCCGGAGUGUCAGCGAGGGCAACCCACAUCAGAAGCAAGCCUCGCUGACAACUAUCGGUUUCGUUUGCGAGAGCCAGGAUGCCGACCUGCGAGCGGCUCUGGUUGGCCACUCGAACGCCAUCUUGACAGCCGUCGUGCAAGGCGCCCGGAAGGAGGAGACCAACAGCGAGAUCCGGCUCGCCGCUAUCACUGCGCUGGGUGAUUCUCUGGAGUUCGUCGAGAACAACUUUAAGCACGAGGGCGAACGGAAUUACAUCAUGCAGGUGGUGUGCGAGGCCACCCAAGCCUCAGACGCCCGCAUACAGCAGGGUGCUUUCGGUUGUCUUAACCGGAUCAUGGCCCUCUACUACGACAAGAUGCGCUUCUACAUGGAGAAGGCUCUGUUCGGACUGACCAUUCUCGGCAUGAAGAGCGAGGAUGAGGACGUCGCCAAGCUUGCCGUGGAAUUCUGGAGCACUGUCUGCGAGGAGGAGAUCGCAAUCGAGGAUGAUAACGCACAGGUCGACAGCUCAGAUCAAAUGCGGCCUUUCUACAACUUCGCCCGCGUCGCGACCAACGAGGUGGUGCCAGUCCUGCUGAACCUGCUCACCAAGCAGGAUGAGGACGCAGCUGAUGACGAGUACAACAUCUCCCGUGCUGCUUACCAGUGUCUGCAGCUCUACGCCCAGGCAGUGCAGGCAACUAUCAUCCCGCCCGUGAUCGCAUUCGUGGAGGGAAACCUGCGCUCAGACGACUGGCACAACCGAGAUGCUGCAGUCUCUGCUUUCGGCGCCAUCAUGGAGGGACCUGAUGAGAAGGUGCUCGAGCCAAUAGUGAAGUCUGCCCUGCAAAUCCUCAUCCAAAUGAUGGACGACUCGUCUGUGCAUGUCCGGGACUCGACAGCUUAUGCUCUCGGCCGCAUUACUGAGGCGUGCUCAGAGGCCAUCGAUCCCGCCACGCACCUGGACCCUCUGAUCCGGUCUCUCUUCUCUGGCCUGCAGACCAACCCCAAGAUGGCCCCUUCGUGCUGCUGGGCUCUCAUGAACCUCGCUGAACGCUUCGCCGGCGAGCCUGGCACACAGACCAAUGCCCUCACAGGGCACUUCAACGACAGCAUCCAGUCCCUCCUGACUGUCACUGCCCGGCCGGACUGCGACAACACGGUCCGCACGGCAACCUACGAAGUUCUCAACAUCUUCGUUCAGAAUGCUGCACAAGACUCUGUUCAGUCAGUUGCACAGCUCUCCACCGUCAUCCUUGAGCGCCUGGAGAACACGAUUCCCAUGCAGAGCCAGGUCGUCAGUGUCGAGGACAAGAUCACUCUUGAGGACAUGCAGACAAGUCUUUGCUCCGUGCUCCAGGCCAUCGUUCAGCGACUGGACAAGGAGAUUGUUCCCCAGGGUGACCGGAUCAUGCAGAUCCUCCUCCAGAUUUUGAGCUCUGCUGGCGCCAAGUCCAGUGUGCCUGAGGCUGCUUUUGCCGCCAUCAGCGCGCUUUCUAACGCUAUGGAAGAGGACUUCGUCAAGUACAUGGAUGCCUUCACUCCGUUCCUUUACAACGCGCUGGGCAACCAGGAAGAGCCAAGCUUGUGCUCUAUGGCUAUCGGUCUUGUGAGCGACAUUACCCGAUCGAUGGGAGAGCAGAGCGCACCGUACUGCGACAGCUUCAUGAACUACCUGCUUAACAACCUGAGGUCUACGGCUUUGUCCAAUCAGUUCAAGCCUGCCAUUCUGCAGUGCUUUGGCGACAUUGCAAGUGCCAUUGGCGGCCACUUCGAGAAGUAUUUGUCUGUCGUGGCACAGGUCCUUCAGCAAGCAGCGACUGUUACUGCCAGUCCCGAGGGCAGCUACGAGAUGUACGACUAUGUCAUCUCUCUGCGGGAGGGCAUUAUGGAUGCUUGGGGCGGUAUUAUUGGUGCUAUGAAGACCAGUUCCAAGACUCAAAUACUCCAAGAGCACGUUGCCUCCAUCUUCCAGCUGCUGAACAUCAUCGCCAAUGACAUGAACCGCAGCGAAGCUCUGAUGCGGGCGUCCAUGGGCGUUAUCGGCGAUCUCGCGGACGCGUACCCCAACGGAGAGCUGGUCGAGGCCUUCCGCCAGGACUGGGUUGCUGCGAUGAUCAAGGAGACUCGGGCCAACCGCGACUUCCAGCCUCGUACUAUUGAGACAGCCCGCUGGGCCCGCGAACAGGUCAAGCGGCAGGUCGGUGGCACCGCCAACACCAUGGCAACGUGA